AUGAAGUCCCGACUCUGCGAGACUUGCUAUCCCCUGAAAUUGUGCAGCGAUCAAUGCAAAGAUUUGUGGAUCGAACAUAACCUACAAAGCCAAAAAGUGGAAUGCACAUGUGGGAGCAGCUUUCUACUGGACGUGGAAAUGUGCGGGGAUGAAAACAGAAAUUGGAGUCGCAUCCUUGUGACAGCACAUACCACAUUCGAUAAACUUCAUCACUAUAUUGACAGUGCCUUUGGAGUUGAUCCAGGCGAUAGUGCCCUUAAAGCUGAUCUAGGCGGAUUUUAUAUCUUCUAUGACCCGACAAGAAAUGCUGUUCUCCUACAAAGAGAUCGGCUGGUGAGCAAAGCAAGAGGGCCAGCUCUUCGGAUGGCCCAAGCGAUUAGGAAUCGACAGCUCGAAGACGACACAAGUGAAAUGACAGACCAGAACGGCUUGAUACAACAGACAUGUAAAUCGAUGCGGAUCAAGCUCUGGCUAGAUGCCCUGGAGGAGAGGGUACCAUUCUGGUACUUCAGGGUGAUUGACGGCAGGUAUAGUUGCUUCCUCGUUACUCUCAAGAAGCGGUUACCUUCGACGGACAAGCAAGUCAUCGGAUACCCUUUGGUCAAGUCGGAUGUUGGUCGUGAGGUCGUUUACAAGGAUGAGUUUGGAUGGCAAGAGGCUAUCGAUCAUUACUCGGCAAUGAGUAUCCAUGAUCUUCUGGAGAGACAGCAGAGGUCAAUCGACGAAACCUUGGCCACUCCCGAAUCGGAGCCUGGAAACGAUGAGUCGCAUACUGAGAGCAAGCAGAGCCGUCAAGCUGACAAGGCCGAUUCUUUGCCAGAGCCGCAGCAGCCUUCAGGCCAAAAAGAUGCUUUACGCGAUUUCCUUGCAGCUCCAAGCAAAGACCGUCAAUCACAUAUCGAUUCGGACGUCAGUGAAUAUCCGCCUGCAUCCACAGAACAGCCGUCUCCAACAGAUAAAUAUGAGACUGCAUAUCCUACUAUUGCGGAAAGUAUAGAAAGGGCUGCAUCGCUACGUGCGAAUGGUAGGAACCAAGCACUUCCAUCGCGAUCGAAUACGAACUCGAAAUCCUCUGGACAAGGGACGAAACGGCACAAAAUUAAGCGUAAGGACCAAAUCCACUAUAACUUCUCAGGAGCCUGA